AUGGCACCGCCGUGUGUAUCUUCGCUUGGCUCGCGCCUCUCGCGCGCAGUCGCCGAAGCGGGGGCCUGCGUCGCGCCGUCGUGCCCGUUUUUUCGCCUCUCUGCGCCGCGGCGCUCCUUCUGGUUUUCAGGCUUCAGCACGCCGCAGGCGCAGCAGCGGAAGGCGCGCGCAAUCGGAGUCGCCUUCGCGUCGACUGUCUUCGUGAUGCCGACGCUCUGCGUCUACUUCGGCUCGACUCCCUCGCUGCUCAACUGGUGGAUGACGACUUACCGCCUCGUCGAGUACCCGCCGCAGGCUGACCGGCGCAUCAUUCCCGCAAUCCUCAACGGCCGCGAACCCCCCGCCAAAAGUGAAGACAGCGAUCUCAACACGAACCGAUGA